AUGUCUUCAAUGGGUGCUUCAGCUGAAGAGAACCUUGAAACAAAACAGAUGGAUGAGAGAAGCUUUUCAAUAUCUUCAUCACAAGGCCAACAACAGGCACCACCAUAUGUGCACAAAGUGGGAAUUCCUCCACGACAGAACCUGUUCCAAGAAUUCAAGGCCACCAUCAAGGAGACAUUCUUUGCUGAUGAUCCUCUAAGAUCCUUCAAGGACCAACCGAAAUCGCGAAAGUUCGUCCUCGGUAUUGAGGCGUUGUUCCCCAUACUCAAUUGGGGGAGAAGUUAUAACCUUAAGAAGUUUAGAGGAGAUCUUAUAUCUGGCCUAACUAUUGCGAGUCUUUGCAUUCCCCAGGAUAUCGGAUAUGCCAAUCUUGCAAAGUUGCAACCACAAUAUGGACUGUACUCAAGCUUUGUUCCACCACUAAUCUAUGCUGUCAUGGGUAGCUCCCGUGAUAUCGCAAUAGGACCGGUGGCAGUGGUUUCUCUCUUGUUGGGAACCUCACUUAGUAAUGAGAUUGAUCCUACUACACAUCCAGAGGAAUAUCGGAGACUUGCCUUCACAGCCACUUUCUUUGCUGGGAUUACUCAAGCAACACUUGGGAUUUUCAGGUUGGGAUUCUUGAUUGACUUCCUGUCCCAUGCAGCUAUUGUUGGUUUUAUGGGGGGUGCUGCCAUCACCAUUGCCCUUCAACAACUUAAGGGCUUUCUUGGGAUUAAAACAAAAAAUUUCACAAAAAAAACUGAUAUUGUCAAUGUGAUGCAUUCAGUAGUCUCCACAGCCCAUCAUGGAUGGAAUUGGGAAACUAUACUCAUUGGAGCAAGCUUCUUGGGUUUUCUUCUAUUUGCCAAAUUCAUUGGAAAGAAGAAUAAAAAGUUCUUCUGGGUGCCAGCAAUUGCCCCAUUGAUAUGUGUUAUCUUGUCCACUUUUUUUGUAUUCAUAACACGUGCAGAUAAGCAUGGAGUAGAAAUUGUUAGAGACAUUAAAAAAGGGAUCAAUCCUUCAUCUGUUAAAGAAAUAUAUUUCACCGGUGACUACCUUGGGAAAGGUUUUAGAAUUGGUGUCAUGGCAGGCAUGAUAGCACUAACUGAAGCUGUAGCAAUUGGAAGAACAUUUGCAUCUGUGAAGGACUAUCAACUGGAUGGAAACAAAGAAAUGGUAGCAUUAGGAGCUAUGAAUGUUGUAGGUUCAAUGACUUCAUGUUAUGUUGCAACUGGUUCUUUCUCUAGGUCAGCAGUGAAUUUCAUGGCUGGUUGUCAAACUGCAGUAUCUAAUAUUGUGAUGUCUGUAGUUGUGUUCUUAACCCUGGAAUUCAUCACUCCCCUUUUCCAUUACACUCCAAAUGCCAUUCUUUCUUCAAUCAUCAUUUCUGCUGUCAUCAACCUUGUGGACUAUCAGGCAGCUAUUUUGAUUUGGAAGAUUGAUAAAUUUGAUUUUGUUGCUUGCAUGGGAGCAUUCUUUGGUGUUGUUUUUGCCACUGUUGAGAUAGGACUUCUAAUUGCUGUUUCUAUAUCCUUUGCAAAGAUUCUACUACAAGUUACAAGGCCUAGAACUUGUAUUUUGGGGAAGAUUCCUAGAACAACUGUGUAUAGAAACAUCCAUCAAUACCCAGAAGCUAGUAAGGUUCCAGGUGUACUUAUUGUGAGAGUUGAUUCUGCAAUAUAUUUCUCCAACUCCAAUUAUGUCAAAGAAAGGAUACUAAGAUGGUUGAUGGAUGAAGAAGAACAAGGAAAAGGAGACUACCAAACAAGAAUCCAGUUUUUGAUUGUUGAAAUGUCACCCGUUACUGACAUAGACACCAGUGGCAUCCAUGCCCUUGAAGAGUUACACAGAAGUCUUGAGAAGAGAGAUGUUGAGCUUGUUCUGGCAAAUCCUGGCCCAGUGGUGAUUGACAAGAUUUACACAUCAAAGCUUGCAAACAUGAUUGGUGAGAACAAGAUCUUCCUCACAGUUGCAGAGGCAGUUGCAUAUUGUUCUCCAAAGCUAGCUGAGGACCCAUGAAAGAACAAUGAACAAUGAUCUCAAUUUUGCAUUCAAACAGAGAGAAGAGAAGAGAAGAGAGAGGAAACUGAAAUGGGACAUGCACAAAUGUGAAAUGUUAAAAGAGAAGGGAGGCCAAUGUGGUUUCUGCUAUAGUCAACUAUAGGAUCAAGAGUGAGGGAGAUGGUCCAUCACUACUAAUAAAAAAAAGGAAAUAAUAAAGUUGGUAGAUGAUAAUGGCCUAUCUGAUAGUUAGUGCUAUAUGAUAUGGAUAUCCUUAUCCUAAAGUGGGCAAAUACAUAUACAUGCACACAAGUAUAGUAUAAGAUGUAAAAUCAUUAAAUAACUCUAAUAAGCAUUAACUCCUUCCCUUCUUUUUGCUUGAGAAACAAAACCAUAGGAAUCUAACCUAGUUGUCUGUAUAAUGAGAGGGAAAAGUGUAUUUUUUUUUUUUUAGUAAGGGAAGCUGUUCAUCUCUCACUCUCUGUAAUCUCCCUGAAAAGUAAUUACUUUCUUUUUCUGUAUUA